AUGUCUGCUUUGUUAAGAGAAACUUUUGCAAAAUGCAAAAAAGAGGGACGUAAUGCCUUAGUGAAUUUCAUCACAGCUGGCUACCCAACUAUGGAAGAUACCUUACCAAUUUUGAAAGGGAUGCAAAGGGGAGGAGUUGACAUUAUUGAAUUGGGUAUUCCAUUUUCAGAUCCUAUUGCAGACGGUCCAACUAUCCAAGCAGCUAAUAAUGUUGCUUUGGCAAAUGGAAUCACUGUUUCUAAAUGUUUGAAAUUGGUGGCUCAAGCCAGAUCUGAAGGUGUGACUGUACCUAUUAUUCUAAUGGGAUACUAUAACCCAAUCUUGAAGUAUGGUGAACAAAAGAUGAUCGAGGACUCUGCAAAAGCAGGUGCUAACGGAUAUAUAGUUGUUGACUUGCCACCAGAAGAGGCAGUUAAAUUUAGAUCCUUGUGUACAAAGAAUGGAAUGUCUUAUGUUCCAUUGGUAGCUCCUGCUACGACUGAUGAGAGAUUAAAGAUUUUAGGUAGUAUUGCGGACUCGUUUAUUUACGUUGUUUCAAGAAUGGGAACCACUGGUGCGUCUCGAACAGUAUCAAAGGGUAUUUCUGAUUUAUGUGCGAGAGUUAGAAAGUUUGCCGGUGAUACACCUAUUGCAGUUGGAUUUGGUGUAUCCACUAGAGAACAUUUCUUAACUGUAGGAGAGGCUGCAGAUGGUGUGGUUAUUGGAUCUAAAAUCAUUACAUUAAUUGGAGAAUCUAGUCCUGGCGAAAGAGGAGAAACUGCCUAUAAAUAUGUCAAGUCUAUAUUGGGUGAUGGUUUUAAAGUUGAUGCACCUAAAUUUUUCGAUAAUUCGUAUAAGAUAGCUGCUAAGGAUUCAGAGCCUGAGUUCAAAGAAAUUCAUAAGUUUGCUCCCAGAUUUGGUGAUUUUGGGGGUCAAUACGUUCCAGAAGCUUUGCACACAUGUUUAGCAGAAUUGGAAAGAGGGUUUGAAAGUGCAGUUGCUGAUCCAGAGUUUUGGAAAGAAUUCAGAGCACUUUACUCUUACAUUGGUAGACCAUCUUCUCUUCAUAAGGCAGAUAGAUUAACUGAAUAUGCUGGCGGGGCUCAAAUUUGGUUGAAGAGAGAAGACUUGAAUCAUACGGGUUCACAUAAAAUUAAUAAUGCGUUGGCUCAAGUUCUUUUAGCAAGAAGACUUGGAAAGAAGGAAAUCAUUGCAGAAACGGGUGCAGGUCAGCAUGGUGUCGCUACUGCUACUGCCUGUGCUAAGUUCGGUCUUCAAUGCACCGUCUUUAUGGGAGCAGAAGAUGUUAGGCGCCAGGCUCUAAAUGUUUUCAGAAUGAGAAUCUUGGGUGCAAAAGUAGUUGCGGUCAAGAAUGGUACUCAAACUUUGAGGGAUGCAACGUCCGAGGCGUUCAGAUUCUGGGUUUCCAAUUUGGAAACUACCCAUUACGUCGUAGGUUCGGCAAUUGGACCACAUCCAUAUCCAACUUUGGUUAGAACCUUUCAAAGCGUCAUAGGUCAAGAGACAAAGCAACAAUUCAAAGAAUUGAAUGAUGGAAAACUUCCGAAUGUUGUUGUAGCUUGUGUUGGUGGUGGCUCCAACUCAACUGGAAUGUUCUCCCCAUUUGAAAACGAUAAGGAGGUGAAGUUCUUAGGUGUUGAAGCGGGAGGUGAUGGUUUAGAUACUGAACGUCAUUCAGCCACUUUAACAGCUGGUAUUCCUGGUGUAUUUCACGGUGUCAGAACUUACGUCUUACAAGACAGUGAUGGGCAAGUCCAUGACACACAUUCAGUAUCGGCUGGUUUGGAUUAUCCUGGAGUUGGUCCUGAAUUGGCCUACUGGAAGAGUACUGGAAGAGCGACAUUCAUUGCUGCGACGGACGCCCAAGCAUUGCAAGGAUUUAAAUUGUUGUCGCAGUUAGAAGGUAUCAUACCAGCUUUGGAAUCUUCUCAUGCUAUCUUUGGAGCUGUCGAGCUCGCCAAAACAUUACCCUCCGACCAGCAUAUUGUAAUAAACGUUUCGGGCAGGGGAGACAAAGACGUGCAAAGUGUUGCAGAAGUCUUGCCCAAACUAGGUGAGCAGAUAGGAUGGGAUUUGAGAUUCGAAGAAGAUCCAUCUAGGUAG